AUUGAGCAGUUACAGGCCUUCACUGUUGCACAUACCCAGCUUCCACCACUGAGUGUCAGCAGUGAGCCACAAAUUUAACAAAGUAUUCCCAUUAGGUCCACAAUGAACUAUGCAAAGCAAGAUAGUUGUGAUGUCCCUGUAAAGUUACUGCAGGAACACAGUAGAAUUAUAUUUCUAUGAAGUGUUUGUGAGUGUUUCAAACUUUAGUGUUUGUGACUUCACAGUACAAUGUGAUGCUUGCUGCCAUAGAAAUGGAAUUCUUCAUUCUAAUUCUAUAGUACUAGUUCUAAUUCUACCACUUAAGUUGCUUUUGUUUAGUGAGCAGUUAGCAAGUUUAUCUUCCUGUAUUAGAAGGUUGUAUAUUGUUCCUGACAAAAUUGCCCAGUAGACAUUAAAACAGCUGCCAUGGAGCUAUGCAUUUGUAGAGCAUCAUAAUGCUUUGGGGUUGAAAUGGCUUAGGUCAAUCUCUCUCCAUCUCUAUGUCAGUAAAGUUAGCUAUGGAAAAGGCAGUAAGGGCCCUGUCUUUCCCCCUGUCUGUCCGGCUCCUGUCUGUCCCCAGCCUUCUAUGUCUCCUGUCCCUGCUGUGCUGUGUCCCUGCGGGGAGACCCUGUCUGCAGUGUGACCGCAGGGUCAGGCUCCUCCAUGAAGACUACCUAUUGGCUGCUGCCUCUGCCACCGUAGAGGACCAGAUAGAACUGAAGAAGAUUCUAGACUACGCCUACGUCACCUACACAACCACCAGCAACCAGUAUAGCGGCGUUAUUGACCCGACCACCCUCUACAGGGCCAGUACAGAAUACCAGAGUGAGUUUGACCGUUUCCAGGGCAGCCAACUCACAGGGCCUCUGACGUUUGAGGCCAUUCAAAUUCUGGAGAAAGGCAGGAGAAUUCUAGAGAAACACCUGCAGACUUUUGUCCAGAAAGGUCUCUGCCCAAACAAAUGUGGGUUGCUGUAUCAGAGAGUAAUGAACUGCCUUUCAUGUCAGUACAAGCUGCACACCUGCCCCUCUACCACUCAGGACUGCGGGGAGUAUCCAGUGAAGGCAGCAGAGGGGGGACAGGCAGUGUUGGACUGUUUCCUCCCCUGGCAUAGUCUAGUGGUGGGCCGGCCAGAUUAUCACUACACCUGGGCUCCAGGGACGCAAAGGACUGCAAAUCUGACAGAGGGAGAUUUCAGAGUGCUGGUGGUUACUGAGGAUUCCUCUGUGGUGCUGAACCAGCUGCAUGUCGAUGAGGAGGGCAUGUACCGCUGCCUCCUAACGGAUGGCAAAGGAACUGUCCUUUCACGCACACACUUCCUGCUCACUGGUAUGCCAGUUUGAAUACAUGUAGCCCCUGGCCUACUUCAGAAAUGCAUCAUCCCUUUCUCCCUCCCCUGAAUG